UAGAGACAGAGAGAGAGAGAGAGGGAAAACACAGAAGCAGAGGCGGAGGCAGAAAGAGCGCUGAGUUUAAGACCCUAUGCACAUAGAGAGGAAGGCUGUGAUUGCAUGAUCGCAGAAAACUGAUGCAGAGAGACGUACUAGGAUUACCCCACACUCUCUGUCUCACUUCUUUCACUCACACUUGGACAAGAGGACAUUAAAAAAAAAAAAGCCUUAUGGAGAAGGAAGUAGCUUUGAGUAACCUUGGAGUAACCUGCUGAAAGUCCGCGACAAUGGCCACUGAACUGACUGUCACACACACUUAUCUUCUGACAGUGUGAAAUUGGAGAAGAGAAAGAGGACGUAACAGGAGAGGCGAGAGUGAGGACAAAUUUAGUGUUUCGGAAAAAAAUUAAACGCUUUCAUAGAGCAAAGUAAUGGGGACAGUGAGUGAACUGUGUGUGUCCAGCCUUCAGGCUUUCAUGUGUCCACCAGUGCCGAUCCCAUGUCCAGUGCCAGACGACCUCACGCCCGAGGAGCAGCAGGAGCUGGAGAACAUCCGGCGACGCAAGCAGGAGCUGCUGGAGGACAUUCAGCGUUUGAAGGAUGAGAUAGCCGAGGUGACCAGCGAGAUCGAGAACCUGGGCUCCACUGAGGAGAGGAAAAACAUGCAGAGGAACAAGCAGGUGGCAAUGGGCCGCAAGAAGUUCAACAUGGACCCUAAGAAGGGGAUUCAGUUCCUGAUUGAAAAUGAUCUUCUGAAGAACACCAGCGAUGACAUCGCUCAGUUCCUGUACAAGGGCGAGGGCCUGAAUAAGACAGCAAUAGGGGACUACCUCGGAGAGAGGGAUGAGUUCAACAUCCAGGUGCUGCACGCGUUUGUGGAGUUGCACGAGUUCACAGAUCUGAACCUUGUUCAAGCGCUCAGGCAAUUUCUUUGGAGCUUCAGACUGCCAGGCGAGGCACAGAAGAUCGAUAGGAUGAUGGAGGCUUUUGCCCAGCGCUACUGCCAAUGCAACCCGGGAGUCUUCCAGUCCACUGACACGUGCUACAUCCUUUCCUUCGCCAUCAUCAUGCUGAACACCAGCCUUCACAACCCCAACGUGAAAGACAAGCCCACUGUGGAGCGCUUCAUCUCCAUGAACAGAGGCAUCAAUGACGGCGGAGACCUACCAGAGGAGCUGCUACGAAACCUGUACGAGAGCAUCAAGAACGAGCCGUUCAAAAUCCCAGAGGACGACGGCAACGACCUCACACACACAUUCUUCAACCCUGACCGGGAGGGCUGGCUGCUCAAACUGGGUGGACGUGUCAAAACCUGGAAGAGACGAUGGUUCAUUCUCACAGACAACUGCCUUUACUACUUUGAGUACACUACAGACAAAGAACCCAGAGGAAUCAUUCCUUUGGAAAACCUGAGCAUCCGAGAAGUGGAGGACAAGAAGCCGAACUGCUUCGAGCUCUUCAUACCGGACAAUAAGGAUCAGGUGAUUAAGGCGUGUAAGACGGAGGCGGAUGGGCGCGUGGUGGAGGGCAAUCACACAUUCUACCGCAUCUCCGCUCCCACCACUGAGGAGAAGGACGAGUGGAUCAACAGCAUCAAGGCGGCGAUCAGCAGGGACCCGUUCUACGAGAUGCUGGCUGCCAGGAAGAAGAAAGUCUCCUCUAUGAAGAGGCACUAAACCUGCUCAGGGCGAUUCAGGGCUGUGUGAGUGCUCCCUCUAGUGGAGAGAACUGACACCUUGACUGGGAGGAUGAGACUGGUCUCCUUCCCACUGCCUACCCCCUUUCAAUAACGUAGUGUCUUUACUGGGACAGAAUGGGGUUUGAGGACUAAAUAGGACGUUGGAGAUUGAAAAAAGCCAGGAUUAGGCUCUUUAGUGCCCAGCAGGAACUGUGCCUCUGCUCCUCUUCCUGUUUAAAUGUCCCUCACCUCUCCUUCACCUCAGUGUCUGUGUGUGUGUGUGUGUGUGUGUGUGUGUGUGUGGAUACGUGUGUGCAUGUGUGAAGGGCAUUCUGUUUCAGGCUCUUCUCUUGAAAAUCCCCAAAGAAUCAAUCUCAGUCCUAAUGCUAAACCAAAAUGCACACUUUCUCUACCCUGUUUCUUUCUUAUCUAGAUUCUAUCUAUCCUGAUCCUUGAUCUUUCAUUUCUCUCUCUGUCUCUCUUUCUCCCUCUAUCUAUCUAUCUAUCUAUCUAUCUAGCUCGCUCUCUCUUUUAAACAUGUCUUAAACGUACACACACACACACACACACACACACACGUUCUCGUUUAAUCAGCAGGUCUGACAGAAUGUGGGUUACCAAAAAAAGGCCUCUCCUUGAUUUCAAAACAGGAAAGACCUUCUUGUAUGCUUUUUUUCGUUAUGUACAGGCAAUAAGUGUAUUUUUUACAUUUCUAUAUCCUCUGUAUAUUCUCUUUCUUCUCUCGUCAAUUUGACAAAUGUCACUGUAAAGCACCACAUGGCUUUCAUGAGAACUGGAAGAGGCGGUGUUUAGUGUACACAAUGUAGGAUGGGAGGCAGAUUUGCUCAUACACUCUCAGGCCAAAAGCAGGUGGACACAUGACCAUCACACGCAUAUGUGAUUCAUCCCCAAACUCUUGCCACAAAGUUGUAAGCACACAAUCGUCUUUGUAUGCUGUAUCAUUAAGAUCUCACUUCACUGGAACUAAGGAGCCUAAACCUGUUCCGGCAUGACAGUACCCCCUGGGCAUGCCGACUAACCGGCAGGCCUUCUCGCUCAUCAUCAGUCCCCUUGCUCUUGUAUCUGAAUGCUCCAGCUCCAAAUGAAUGCCCAUAGAUUUGGAAUGGGAUGUUCAACAAACACAUAUGGGUGUGAAGGUGUCCACAUACUUUUGGCCGUAUGGUGUAUGUCAAGAUAAGGAUGCUGGUGUAGGUUUUGUGUGUGUGUGUGUGUGUGUGUGUCUGUCUGUCUGUCUGUGUGUGGGCUCCUCCAGCUUCCUGUAUGCUAAAAGGCCGAACUGUUCUAGAAAUAGCCCCUUUUUACCUGCCCUGACAAGAGCGCAUGCUUUAACUUCACGCUUUCCUUUCUAUUUCCUUCUUUACAAUUUUACCAAGCUAGCAGUUUCCAUUCUUUGAGCAAAGUCGUACAUCUGAGCAGUAUUGGUUUAUUUAUCAAGGAUGUAUAUACUUCAGUGUAUAGUGAGUAUCUUUCUGCAUUUUAUAUAAAUAUGUGUGUGUAGCAAAUACAUUGUUAGCUGAGUGCCAUUUUUUCCAUUUUUUUCUUUCUUUUUUUUUUUUUUUUUUUGUUCCUCUUGAAAAUGUACCUUUGGCCUCACAGAUGUGUGUGAGCUCAGCCAUUUUUGGUAAAAAACAAAAUUACAAAAUAAAAUCUAAACACCAAA